AACGGGUUCUUCCUCUUCAGCAGAAACGACACUUUUAGUUCGGCUUUUUGAAGCUCUCUCUCUUACUCUCUGUCUCAGACAAGAAACUCAAAGUGAAACAGCAGAAUGGGUUGGAUCGGUGACACUGUGGAUUCCAUCAAAUCCAUCCAGUUCCGGCAAGUCCUCAAUCAGACCAUCAGUCUCGGUAUGAUUGUUACCUCUGCACUUAUAAUAUGGAAGGCAUUGAUGUGCUUUACCGGCAGUGAAUCUCCUGUUGUUGUUGUCUUGUCUGGAAGUAUGGAACCCGGCUUCAAGAGGGGGGACAUUUUGUUCUUGCAGAUGAGUGAAGCACCCAUUCGUGCAGGAGAAAUUGUUGUUUUUAAUAUUGAGGGCCGUGAUAUUCCAAUUGUCCAUCGUGUCAUUAAGGUUCAUGAAAGAGAAGAUACUGGACACGUAGAUGUCCUCACAAAAGGAGAUAACAACUUCGGGGAUGACAGACUUCUGUAUAAUGAGGGUCAGUUGUGGCUCCAUCGGCACCACAUAAUGGGCAGAGCUGUAGGGUUCUUACCUUAUGUUGGCUGGAUAACGAUUAUCAUGACUGAAAAGCCAGUUAUAAAGUAUAUCCUCAUUGGCGUAUUAGGGUUGCUCGUUAUAACUUCAAAGGAGUAACCGGAAGCAAAUUCGUCCAGAACAGUUCACCAUUGCCAGCGGAUUUCUCAUUGAACCUAUUGGAUUUCUCAUUGUAAUCGACAUUAGUUAUGAUAAAUGAUAGCAAAUUAGCUGGUUAAUGUUCAAACUCUAAAUGCAUGAUCUUUUCGUGAACCAAUAUAACUAGUUUUUUCUUUCUCCCGAGCAGAGAAUUUGGCAAAA